AUGACCAUCUCUUACGACGAGGAGUUCUCGUCGUUAAUGCUUCGGUGGCGAGGAUCGCUUUGGAAAGCCGUAUUGAAAGAUCUCAUAGCCUUCUACAUCGGUUACUAUGUGAUCCUAGCAAUUCAGUGGUAUGUGCUAGACGAGAAGCAAAAGGAGUACUUUACUGGAUGGAUUCAUUGGUGUGAGAUUGGAUCGCAGUAUAUUCCUCUGUCCUUCCUUCUCGGUUUCUUCGUCUCAGUGAUCGUUGCGAGAUGGUGGGAACAAUUCAACUGGAUCUCUUGGCCCGAUAAAAUGAUGAUGAUGGUUUCGGCAUGUCUACCUGGCAAAGAAAAUCUUGAAAUUCGUCAAGCAAUUGCGAGAUGGUCAUCGCUUCAGGCUGCCGUAGCCUGGUCAGGUAUCUCAGUCCGAACCCUCAAACGGUUUCCAACGGAGCGUCACAUGGUUGAAGCCAAAUUGAUGACAGAGGAGGAGUACGACAUGUACAUGAACUGCGAUGCUCCGCACGGCAAAUGGUUUGUACCAAUCAUCUGGAUUGUCAAUCUGAUCAAGAAACAGUAUGCGGCCAAGAAAAUCGACACCAUUCAGAUGGAUAUGCUUUUGAAGCAGGUCUACAGUUAUCGCGACGGGUUUGCCAUGCUUUUCGUAUAUGACUGGGUGAAGAUUCCUCUCGUUUACACACAGGUGGUAGCAAUCGCUACAUACGGCUACUUUUUCAUCUGCUUGAUCGGCCGCCAGCCGAAAUUGGACCAAAAAUCAAUGGAGACGGAAAUUACGAUCCUUUUCCCGAUCUUCACCACUUUCCAAAUGCUGUUCUAUCUCGGAUGGUUGAAAGUUGGGCAGUUCCUUAUGAAUCCAUUCGGAGAAGACGACGACGACUUCGAGCUCAACUAUGUGCUGGAUCGUAACACUUGCAUAGCUCAUAUGAUGGCAACGGAACUGGCCGACCAAUGUCCUGACAUCGGUGCUCCUAUGGAGAAGAACAUACCACAUACUCGAGCGUCAUUUAAAAUUCAGGACGUAAUACCAAAGUCACAUUUGGCUUCCUUCAAACUCACCGAGAAGGAGAUGAGGUUGAUCAAACCUGAAGACAUCGAAGAAAGCGAAAGACUGCUUGCAGAAAAGAAAGGACAUCGAAAUCGACUCGGACAAAUCGUAUCCAGAGCGCUGGACGAAGCAAAGAGGUUUGUUUGCAGGCCCAUUGAAUAG